AUGUUUACGAAAAUCAAAGGAAAUUUCGAUGGUUUAAGACCAGAAUUGAUGAAGAAAGAUCCAGUUGAUUCUUUAAAGAAAGCUGUCGAGCUUGGAUUGAAAGUUAAAUUAGAUCUUUUACAAUCAGCUUACGAAUGCGGAGCAGCUAAGUGUUCUAAUUACUUGGAAGAAUUACUAUCCGCUUAA